AUGAACAACAGCGAUGUCAUUGCCCGACUAUGUGCCUGGCCACCUCAUAAAAUACUUGCGGCAGAAACCAUUCGGCGAAGCCCUUUUGCGGUCUCACUGCCUACCAGCCUGCCCAUCGCCUCUCCAUUUGGGCGCAAUAAUCACUUGGUGACGCCCAUCGAUCCUAGCAGCGACAGCACCUCGGAAACGUUGUCGAAUCCUCACAUCCAAAUCUCGUUCGACACGAUUCCCAAGACCUCCCAUGGCAUCGUGUUUGGCUGCGACAGGGACAGCGAUGUGGUCCUGCCCGACGCGGCGGGCGUCAGCGCGCACCACUUCAGCCUCAGCCUCGACGACCGGUACCGGCUCGUGGUCCGGGACCUCAACUCGACGGCCGGCACUUUGGUAUCCUUCACCGGAAGCGGCAGGCCCUUCUCAAAGACGCUGCGGCGAAGAAACUUUCGCUGGCUGGUCGGGGGCUCCAACCGGAUGCCCAGCAGGGACGUCAUGAUCUACGUGGCCCCGGGCCUGAGCUUCCGCCUCGAGCUGGGAGUAGAUCUUGCGCGGAACGAGUACGCGCACAAGGUCGAGAGCUUCCGCCGGGGAUCCGGGGCUUCCCAGGCGCUCUUCCAGGCUGUCAACAGGCGCCUCCGCCGACGCUUCACCAACAACGGGGCGGCGUCGCUCAGUCGAGACCCCAUCUACAGGGAAGCGCUCUUGGCGGUGGGCGGCUGCGGAACGGCUACGUACGUGUGGGAUGUCAGCACGGGGCAGGAGAUGGUCGUCAAAGAGCCCACCAAUGCUUACGUCCCCGGGAACGACGAGCACCGGUGGAAGGCGGAAGCGGAGAGCAUGCAAAGGCUCUGCCAUCAAAACAUAUUGAAGCUUCUGCGUGCAGAGUUCAGCCCUCGACCGCGGUUGUAUCUGGAAUACUGCUCCGGCGGGUCGCUCACGGACGUUGCGGACGAGCUGGAGGCGGCCGACAUCCUCCAAGUCCUGCAGCAGUCCCUCGCCGGCCUCCAAUUCGCCCACGCGGCCGGCAUCGUGCACCGCGACCUGAAGCUGGACAACAUCCUGGUGGCGUCGCGGCGGCCCCUGCAGGUCAAGAUUGCCGACUUUGGGUUCGCCAAGGAGGACGGCCCGCUGCAGUCCGUGUGCGGCACCAAGGCCUUCAUGGCGCCCGAGAUCUGGGAGGUGCACCGCCUGCGCCCGUACGCGACCGCGUACUACACCAAGGCCGUCGACGUGUGGGCGCUCGGCCUGGUCGUCUACGAACUCCUCUUCGGGCUGCCGCACGGGCACGGGCCGGACGUCUGCGACCGGAUCGUCCGCCACCUGCAGGCGCACGCGGCGGUCCAUCGCGGGACGAUGGCUCAGUUCUUGGCCCGGCACAUGCUGCGGCCGCGCGGCGAGGACCGCUCGUCCGCCGCGGCGUGCUAUCGGGCGGCGAUGGCGCUCCCCGCGAAUCCGAGCGACCGCGUCGAGGGGGUUCGGGGAGGGGCGUGCCAUCGCAUCCACGGCCUAAUCGUCGGCGGUUACGCGGCGGCGGGGGAGGCGUCGGGGCUGUCGGUGCUCGGCUCGCUGACCCCGGCGUUGGGAAGCUCCACCGUGUUGGGGCCCGGGCAGUGGGCGGCUGGCGGGGCCGGAAAGCGGACGGCCGGGGACACGGAGAGCCCCGAGCUUGAUUCUAAAUCGCGCAAACGCCGGGUGGCUGGAGUGCAGCGCCGGAAAAAUGUGCCCAAGGGAGAUGGCGCGGAGACGCCGACUAUUCGGCCAUUUGGUUGCGGUGAUCCGGUGGCUGCGCUUUGGUCAACAUCGAUCGAGUCAAGGCUCACAACCACGAAGCAGGCGGAGGACCAAGCCGCCACUCAAAGAAAGUAA